AUGGCAACAGCUAGAAGAAGCAAUACAAAUGGGGAUCCUUGUGCAUUAUGUAAGAAAAAUCAUAAUCGUAUAAAGACAUCAGUUUGUCAAUGUAAACAUUGUGCAUUACCAAUGUGCAUUGACUGCAUGAAAUUACAUAACGAUGAAGUAAAUGAUACUGUUAAUUACAUGCAAGACCAGUACAAUGAAACUAAACUGAUUAUUGAAGCAAAACAAAAUAUGAUUACAAAUAUAUCAAGAGAUUCAAUUAAAGAUAUUUCGUUGUGGUUUGAAAACUAUCUGAAUGAGUUGAUUCUACAUCAACAGAAAAUACUCAGUGGUAUUGAAAAGGAGAAAAUCCAAGCUCAGGCUCAAAUGGACAAUAUCAAUGACAAAUUACAAGAAAUUGGUAGUGAAAUACGAACACUGACAAAAUCUGGUAUCUUUCAGGCUACACAUAUCGAUAAUCUAAAAAUAAAAUUAAUUAAUGUUCAAAAGAGCCUUCAGACAUUUGAUGUCACAAAGGACGUUCACAUGCCCUGCAAUCUGCCCAAAUAUGAAAUAUCUUUCCAAAGCAGAAUGGACAAUAAUAGAUCAACGAGAAACAUUGAAAAUGAAAUUGUUCAUAGUAAAUCAAGUGAUAAGACGGUCGUACUUAACAAGAAUGAAAAUGAAGCAAAUUUCGUUCUGCAAAAUGUACGUCCACGAAGCGCAGUGCAUGUUAAUACCAACGCCGAUGACGAUGAUGAUGAUGAUAAUGAAGAAUCACCAGAAUAUUCUUCUUUUAAUUCUCAUAAUCUUGAUGUGUGGUUUCGAACACAAACAAGUCUGAAAACUCGAUAUGAAGUUGAUCGGAUAGCUAACGAUGGUCAAAACCUUUUAUUUAGCUCAACAGGCAGACCGGACUACUUGGUCUAUUAUAAUUUGUAUCAGAAGGUUGGUGAAAGAACGUGUAACUGGUGCCAUUCACGUAUUCUGGAUUUAAUAUGGUGUGCUAACAUAGAACGGUAUCUCUGUGCAACCCUCAACGGAGUAUAUAGUGUUGAAUACACAAAUAAAUUUAAAAUAAAAUUUGCGAUAAACGGUACUUGGACGUUCGUAAGAAUAUCAUGUAACCAAGACUACAUAUGGACAUGGAUUAACUCGUCAAAUCCAUACUUCGAUGGCAUUAAAAUAUAUUCGAAGUUAUUCCAUCAAGUCAAUACAAUUGACUUCAAUGUUCCUCACAUUGGUAAAUUUGUUAGUAAUAGUUUUAGUUUCUGUGUCGACAGUCAUAUAUUUGCCGCACUGUGUGGACGUCAACGUAGAAACGAUAAACGAGAAGUUUUUCAUGUUACAUUUUGCGAUUUAAAUAUGGUCAAAAUACGUUCGAUUAUGUUGGGUGAAUGUGGUGGUAAUGUUGAAAUUAGAAAUGAUUAUAAUGGAAAUUUUUUUAUUACAACUGGAAUGAAAAAAUUAUGGAUUCUCAAGAGUACAGGUGAAAAACGAUCAAUUAAACUUGAGCAUACUUCGUAUGUGCUAGCUAUAAUAAAUGAAAGAGAAAUUAUAGUUGGAAAUGGACAAUAUACACUGGAAUAUCUAAAAGGUUAG